AUGGCAUCCAUUCUACUGCGGUUUGAGAGUCGAAACGGCCAAUUUCGACUCACGGUCAACCCGCAGGAACUCUUUCCAUCACUUCAUAAAAAGAUUCUAGAACACCUACCGGCUGACGUCGACCCUUCCUCCAUCACCCUUUCAAAUAAACCGAUCGGCACAGGUGGAGAGGAAAGAGAACUAGAAAGUCUACAAGGGGUUUCGCUGCAGAAAGUUGGUCUCAAGCAUGGCGAUAAGCUCUUUGUCGGGUACAAGGAGCAGGCGCAACAGAAUGGAGUCUCGAACGGCGAUAAACCCACCACUCAAGAACACCGACUAAAUGGAGCCCCGGUCCCCUCGCAACAGACAGUCCCGAUCCGUUCGCAACCAACCCCUUCCACCUUAAGCAAGAAUCCGUGGGAACUGGUUCAACAGUCCCCACUAGACAACUUGCUGGACAAGAAGGAUGGAAAGAUAAAGCGUGGCAUGGACUACAAGAUGUGCAGACAUGGUCCUCGAGGCAUGUGCGAUUACUGCAUGCCACUCGAGCCUUACGACUCGAAAUACAUGGCAGAGAAGAAAAUCAAACACCUCUCUUUCCACUCAUACUUGCGGAAGAUCAAUGCCGCAACGAAUAAGCCCGAAAUGGGAACAUCGUUCAUGCCGCCGCUCAGCGAGCCAUAUUACCGAGUUCGAUCCGACUGCCCCUCGGGGCAUUCACCUUGGCCAGAAGGAAUCUGCACCAAGUGUCAGCCGAGUGCAAUCAGUCUGCAGCCCCAGGAGUUCCGCUCGGUAGACCAUGUGGAGUUCGCAUCCCCCGAUUUGAUCAAUUCUCUCCUCGAUUUCUGGCGAAAGUCCGGUGCCCAACGACUAGGGUUCUUGUACGGCACAUACGAGGAGUACACUGAAGUGCCACUCGGUGUCAAGGCUGUCGUGCAAGCAAUCUAUGAGCCUCCACAGAUGGGCGAAGUCGAUGGCGUCACCCUUCAUGACUGGCAGAACGAAAAGGAAGUGGACGAGGUAGCCCGUCUCUGCGGGUUGCAGAAGGUUGGUGUGAUUUUUACUGACCUCGUUGAUGCUGGUCGUGGAGAUGGAUCAGUGGUUUGCAAACGACACAUCGACUCAUAUUUCUUGUCUUCACUCGAAAUCGUAUUUGCUGCACGACUCCAAGCACAAAAUCCCAAGUCAACAAAAUGGAGCCGCACAGGACAGUUCGGCUCGGACUUUGUAACGUGUGUGCUCAGCGGAGACGAAACAGGUGCGAUUUCUAUCAGCUCAUACCAAGCCUCUGUUUCUGCAGUUGAGAUGGUUCGAGGCGAUAUCAUCGAACCCUCCGCGGACCCGACCGUGAUGCUAGUGCAAUCAGAGCAUGACGAAGACCUCGGAAGCAGAACAAGAUACAUCCCUGAGGUGUUCUAUCGACGAAUUAAUGAGUACGGAGCAAGCGUUCAAGAAAGCGCCGAGCCAAGUUUCCCCGUGGAGUUCCUUCUAGUCACCCUCACCCACGGAUUCCCCAAAGAGUCAUCCCCAUUAUUUACCGACAGUCGCUUCCCUAUCGAGAACCGUGAAGUUGUCGGCGAAAGCCAAGAGCUUCGACAUGUUGCUCAGAAACUCAUGUCGCAUGGUGAUCCCGAUAAAGCCAUCCAAGCCAUUUCAGAUUUCCACAUCCUGUGCUUCUUGCAUGGACUUGGCACAUUCAGCAAGGAUGAGGAAUCACUCCUCUGCCGUGUGGCCCGAACAAAGUCCGCCUCCGAGGGCAUGCAGCUUGUGAAUACCCCAGGAUGGGCGACGUUGAUGACAAUCCUUCAGGAGAGUGGUGAGCGUCCCCCCAAGCGGCCCAGGUCCAUCCCGGUCCGGCCUUCGGAUUCCCGAAUACGGAAACCUGGCGACCCCUUACCUUCCACCCUACCCCGCAACACAUCUCCCAGUCCCGAGAGUGAGCAGCUUGCUAAGAGGUUUAAGGGAGCUAGUUUAGAGUGA